CGGCGGCGGCGGGAGCUGCGGAGUCGGGAAUCAAAACAAAGGGCCGGGGGGCGGGGGGCAGGCGGCGGGGCCGGAAUGUGAGCCGCGGUGGGGCCGGUGGCCGAGGGAGGAAGAAUGAAAGAAAAGAAGGAUGGAAGAAUGUUGAACCGCUCUGUCUGGCUGUAUGAUGGAAGGGAACGCAGCUGAGAGUCCCUGCAGCAGAACACUUGGAUGGCUUCGACAAGAUAAUGAUGCUAAGCCGUGGCUUUGGAAAUUCUCUAAUUGCUUUUCUGGUCCUGAGCAGACAUUGCCACUUAGUCCCCAAACGGAAGAUUACAUGGAGAACAAGAAAGUCGCUGUGGCGCUCAAGGACGUCCCGUCUCCCCUUCGUGCUGGCGCCAAGCUCUUCCCAGCAGUCCCGCUUCCAGAUAUUCAUUCUCUUCAACAACCUAAAGUCCAGCUGAGUGCGGUGCCCAGAGUAAGCUGCUGUGCCCAUUGUGCCAGUGAACCCUCCACCUCGCCCCUGCGUUUUGGUGGUGGCGGUGGCAGUGGUGGUGGCGGCGGCGGCGGUGAAGGUUCCAGGGGCUUGGUUCACACAGGCAGCCUGCAGAGCACCAGGACGAUCACGUGUCAGGUCGGGGCCGGCUCGGCUUUCCCGGCGGUGCCCCCGUUGCAGAGUGCCUCGGUGCAGAAUGGUGGUGGCGGCAGUGGCGGCAUCACGGGCGACGCGCCCAGCGUGUGCCUGGAUGGCAGCCUGGCCUGCAAGCACCUGCCCUGCUGCGGGAAGCUCCACUUCCGGUCGUGCCCCGGCACGGCGCACAAGCUGUACCCGUUCCCGGCUCUGCAGGGCUGCACCUCGGCCGCCUAUUUCCCUUGUUCCGAUUUCACAAGUGGGGUGCCCGGGCGUUUGGAGGAGCACAUCUCACCGUCAGAGCUCGCGCCUCACUUGUGCACCAGCUCCCUGCACCUUAACGUGGUCCCCCCGGUGUGUUUGAAGGGCUCCCUGUACUGCGAAGACUGUCUCAACAAGCCGGCAAGAAAUAAUAUCAUCGAUGCUGCUAAAGUGUGGCCAAAUAUACCACCUCCAAGCACUCAGACGGCACCUGUUCCUCUGUGCAAUGGCUGUGGAACCAAGGGGGCCGGCAAAGAAACGGCGUUGCUCUUGGCAACCAGUCUAGGCAAAGCUGCUUCAAAAUUCGGGUCACCGGAAGUGGCACUUGCCGGACAGGUGCUAGAAAACUUGCCCCCUAUUGGCGUUUUCUGGGAUAUUGAGAACUGCUCAGUCCCCACUGGCCGCUCGGCUACGGCGGUUGUGCAGAGGAUCCGUGAGAAGUGUUUCAGAGGCCACAGAGAGGCCGAAUUCAUCUGUGUGUGCGACAUCAGUAAAGAGAACAAAGAAGUGAUUCAGGAACUGAACAACUGUCAGGUGACCGUUGCUCAUAUCAACGCCACAGCAAAGAACGCGGCCGAUGACAAACUGCGCCAGAGUCUACGAAGGUUCGCGAAUACACACGCUGCUCCGGCCACCGUGGUCCUUGUGUCAACUGAUGUGAACUUCGCGUUGGAGCUCAGUGACUUGAGACACAGGCAUGGCUUCCAUAUCAUCUUGGUCCACAAAAACCAGGCCUCGGAGGCUCUGCUGCACCACGCCCAUGAGCUGAUCCGGUUCGAAGAGUUCGUCUCUGACCUGCCCCCCAGGCUACCGCUGAAAGUGCCGCAGUGCCACACCCUGCUCUAUGUUUAUAACCUCCCAGCAAACAAGGAUGGCAAGAGCGUCGGCAACCGGCUCCGGCGCCUGUCGGACAACUGCGGCGGCAAAGUGCUGAGCAUCAGCGGCUGCAGCGCGGUGCUGCGCUUCCUGACCCAGGACAGCGCCGAGCGGGCCCAGAAGCGCAUGGAGAACGAGGACGUCUUCGGGAACCGGAUUGUCGUGUCCUUCACCCCCCAAAGCAGAGACCUCUGUGAGACGAAGGGUUCCGGUGCCCUAGGCGACAAAGUGAAGUCUCCCAGGAAGCAGAAGGGCGCGAAACUCUGCCUGCUCAGGGACGCGGGCGAGCCGGCGCCAGGGAAGGGGGUGCCCGCCAGCUUGGGCCCGGCCGCGAAGACCCCCCACGUCAAGAGUCUGCAGGAGCUGUGCCACCUGGAACCAAAGACGGGCACGAGGAGCAGCGAGCCCCAGCCAGGCCACCUGCGGCUGGUCGCCCCCGCUCACAGAAGUUCAAGUGCCACCCCCGCACCCGUGUCGAAAGCCUCGGCGCUGGCCGAGCCCGUUCCCAAGGCCAACCCGAAGAAAGAGAACCCCGGCCGGAGCGCCGCUGCCUCCCCCAUGGAGAGGCAGGAGCUGGAGGAGAGUCUGUUCCGAGUGAGCUACCCCUCUGCCUUCAGCAAGCUCAUGGCGUCCCGCCAGGCAGGGCCUCUCCACGCGCCCCAGGCCUGGUCUCGGAGUAUGUCUCCGAACCUCUUAAACAGGACGUCCCCGCUGGCCUUCAACACGGCAAGCUCGAGCGGCGGCGGCAGCGGCGGCGACUGCCCCGACCCGUUUGUGAACGGGGCUGAUGUCCAGGUCAGCAACCUGGACUACCGGCUGUCCCGGAAGGAGCUGCAGCAGCUGCUGCUCGAGGCCUUCUCUCGGCACGGCAAGGUGAAGGCUGUGGAGCUGAGCCCCCACACGGAUUACCAGCUCCGGGCCGUGGUGCAGAUGGAGAGUUUGCAAGAAGCAAAUAGCGCAGUGAAUAGCCUCCACAGACACAAAAUUGGCAGCAAGAAGAUCCUGGUCUCACUGGCUACUGGAACUGCUAAUAAGUCACUGUCUUUACUGAGCGCAGAAGCCAUGUCCAUUCUUCAGGAUGCCCCUGCCUGCUGUCUGCCCCUUUUUAAGUUUACAGAUAUCUAUGAAAAGAAGUUCGGCCACAAGCUCAACGUGUCGGAUCUGUACAAGCUGACAGACACGGUGGCCGUCCGUGAGCAGGGCAGCGGCCGGCUGGUGUGUCUCCUGCCCAGCAGCCAGGCCCGCCAGAGCCCCCUGGGCUCCUCCCAGUCGCACGACGGCUCCUCCACCAACUGCAGCCCCAUCAUCUUCGAGGAGCUCGAGUACCACGAGCCCGUCUGCAGGCAGCACUGUGCUGACCCGAAUUUCAGUGAACAUGAGUUUGACCCGGACUCGUACAAGAUUCCCUUCGUGAUCCUGUCUCUGAAGACGUUCGCUCCGCAGGUGCACAGCCUGCUGCAGACACAUGAGGGCACGGUGCCGCUGUUGAGCUUUCCCGAUUGUUACGCCGCAGAGUUUGGCGAACUGGACGUGGUGCAGGAGAACCAAGGGGGCGUUCCUUUGGAGCACUCCAUCACCUGUGUUCCAGGGGUGAACGUCGCCACCGCCCAGAACGGCGUCAAAGUGGUGAAGUGGGCGCACAACAAGCCCCCACCCCCCAACUCAGACCCGUGGCUCCUGCGGUCCAAGAGCCCCGUGGGGAACCCCCAGCUGAUCCAGUUCAGCAGGGAGGUGAUCGACCUGCUGAAGAGCCAGCCCUCCUGCCUCACACCCAUCGGCAGCUUCAUCCCCUCCUACCAUCACCACUUCGCCAAGCAGUGCCGGGUGUCCGACUAUGGCUACUCCAAGCUCAUCGAGUUACUUGAGGCGGUGCCGCACGUGCUGCAGAUCCUGGGGAUGGGCUCCAAGCGCCUGCUGACGCUGACACACAGGGCCCAGGUGAAGCGCUUCACGCAGGACCUGCUCAAACUGCUCAAGUCCCAAGCCAGCAAGCAGGUCGUUGUGAGAGAGUUCUCGCAGGCUUACCACUGGUGUUUCUCCAAGGACUGGGACGUCACCGAGUACGGGGUGUGUGAGCUGACAGACAUCAUCUCGGAGAUCCCGGACACCACCAUCUGCUUGUCUCAGCAGGACAGUGAGACGGUGAUCUGCAUCCCCAAAAGGGAGCGGACUCAGGAUGAGAUUGAGAGGACGCGGCAGUUCUCCAAGGACGUGGUGGACCUGCUCCGGCACCAGCCGCACUUCCGGAUGCCCUUCAACAAGUUCAUUCCCUCCUACCACCACCACUUCGGUCGCCAGUGCAAGCUCGCCUACUACGGGUUCACCAAGCUCCUAGAACUCUUUGAAGCCAUCCCUGAUGUUCUACAAGUGCUGGAGUGUGGCGAGGAGAAGGUCCUCACGCUGACGGAGGCGGAGCGCUUCAAAGCUCUCGCUGCCCAGUUCGUCAGACUCCUUCGCUCCCAGAAGGACAACUGCCUCAUGAUGAGCGACCUGCUCCCGGAGUACGCCAAGGCCUUCGGGUACACGUUCCGCCUCCAGGACUACGACGUCAGCUCCGUUUCAGCCCUGACGCAGAAGCUGCGCCAUGUGGUCAAGGUCGCUGACAUGGAGUCCGGCAGGCAGAUCCAGCUCAUCAGCCGCAAGUCUCUGCGCGCCCUCACGGCGCAGCUGCUGGUCCUGCUGAUGUCCUGGGAGGGCGAGGCCACGCCCUCUGUGGGGGAGUUGCGCGCCCAGUACGAGGCCGCCCACGGCGCCCCCCUCAACCCCUGCGAGUACGGCUUCCUCACGCUGGCCGAGCUGCUACGGAGCCUGCCCUACCUGGUGGAGGUGUUCACGAACGACAGGGCCGAGGAGUGUGUGCGCCUCACGAGCCUGUACGUGUUCGCCAAGAACGUGCGUGCCCUGCUGCAGACGUACCACUACCAGCAGCUGUUCUUGCACGAGUUCCCCGUGGCCUACGCCAAGUACGCGGGGAAGACGCUGCUCCCGCAGGCCUACGGCCACAGCAGCGUGGAGGAGCUCCUGGGCGCCAUCCCGCAGGUGGUCUGGAUCAAGGGACAUGGUCACAAGAGGAUCGUGGUGUUGAAGAACGACAUGAAAGGUCGCGUGAGCUCCCUGGGUCCCUCCCCCGCCGACCGCGAAAGCCGGCCCGCCGAGACGCAGCGGAUCCUGGAGGGGCCCGAGUUCCAGCCGGUGGUGGAGAGCCACGAGCACCCGCUCCCCGACCACCAGCUGCUCCGCCUCACUGACGACUCCCCGGUGGACCUCCUGUGCGCCCCCGUCCCCUCGAGCCUGCCGUCCCCCCAGCUGAGACCCGACCCUGUCAUCCUGCAGCCCGCCGACCUCAUCCAGUUUGAGGACCACACUCAGGAGCCCGCUGGGACGACGGUUUUGAAUGAGGACAAGCCCAGCGGGAUGCCAGCGCCCACCAAGGAUGAGGACCCGCCUCCCGCUGGCGGCCCCCCCAGCGUCUCGGAGCCGGCUGCGCCACCCUGCAGCAGGGGGCCCGCCCAGAGCCCCGCCAGGAAGCCCCGCAACCGCGUGAGGCUGGCGGCCAACUUCACCUUCGCCCCCGUCACCAAGCUCUGAGUGUCGCCAGGGACGGAGACCAGCACAGGGCAACGCUGUCUGAUUCCGCACACACGUGGGUUCCUAACGGCCUUUAACCCAGACCCCCGCCCCCCAACCUCCAACCUCGCGCUUGUUUCUCGGCCUGUUCCGAAAUACCGUUCCUCCUGCCUCCAACACAGCCUCGAGCCGCGGGGUUGGGGUUUUGUUUUCUUUUGUUUGUUUUCACCCACGAGUCCUCUGCCCCCCAGUUAUUUGAAGGGGAGAAGGGAAAAAAAAUCCCACGAACUUCUAGUGUUUGUUUGAAAGAAUCCUUCAGAAAGUUGACCCAACUCUUUCAUCAUUAAGAACUCAGGUGGCCUCUGAGUACCACCCAGUGUGGCCCCCCAAAAAACAACCACCAAAAACAACAAUCUAAAAAUCAAAAUGGUGUUCUGUAAGGAGAAUGCGGUGGUUCUGUGCCGGCAGGAAGCUCUGGCUUCCCGCCCCCGGCACGGCCCAGCCCCUGGGCCUUUGCCCUUGGCCCGCUGCUGCGCCUGGCAGCAUGCGUGCGGGCCGUGUCUGCCCUCGCAGCAGGGCCGGUGGCCCGCACCUUCACGCACCAGGGCCCAGGGGACGGCAGGGUGAUAGUGCGCGCUUGGGGCCGAGAUCCCUGCUGCCCUGUGACUUAGACAUGUGCCUGUGCGGCUGCUUUGUUUUAAAUCCAACCAGGUCCGCUGUGGACCGUCACGGCUUCGUAAACAUCUCCCACCCCCAUGCCGUUUUAAAGCUGUUUUCCACUUUGGGGUUCCAUUCUGGAGCUUUCUAGGAAGUCGAGGAUGUGUGAAAGCUUCCCCUCUGCAAAGUUUGGCUCCCGAUGGAUUUGCGCCAGGUUGAGGGGCGGAAGGCGGCCCUGGCGCCACGCGCCGGCGUCUCUGAGUUUCAACACUCCUGCCGGCGCAGGGCGAGGCCGAGUGGGGAAGCGAAUCUGAGGGUUCCCUAUGCACCAGGUGCAUAAAGCACGGGUCAGAGCUGCCGGGGAAGAGGCCCAGGGUCUGUCGAGACCCGGGUGGGCCAUGGGUGAUCAGCUUAACCUUGCUUCGUCACCGAAGCUGGUUUUGGGCAUCAGUGGGAAGCUGAGAGAGAGAG